AUCUCCCUUGUUUGGAACAGAAGAAACAACCCAAGCGCAGAGCAUGCUGCCUCCUUGGCCCUCCUCCACCACCCCUCUUGCCACCACCGUUCUUCAGGAAUAGCUGGAGCACUGGUCCACGGGGAAUUCCUGGUGUAAUGGGAACAAAAGGAGAGAAAGGGGAGAUUGGCAGGCCAGGAAGAAAGGGUAGACCAGGUCCCCCAGGUGUCCCUGGGAUGCCAGGACCGGAAGGGUGGCCUGGACCUGCGGGACCGAAGGGUGAAAAGGGAGAGUUGGGUGUGAUGGGAUUGCCAGGUACAAGAGGACCAAUGGGCUCCAAGGGUUUUCCUGGAACUAGAGGAGAAAAGGGAUCCAGAGGUGACAGGGGUGACAAAGGAGUCAAAGGAGACCAGGGAGAAAUGGGCUUCCCUGGAAUGCUGGGACAAAAAGGAGAGAUGGGCCCAAAGGGACAAUCUGGAGUACCAGGACACAGAGGACCUAUAGGAAGACCUGGAAAACGAGGCAAACAAGGACUAAAGGGAGACAUUGGACCUGCAGGUAUCAUGGGUCCACCUGGAAGGCCUGGUCCCUCUGGCCAGCCAGGGCCCCCUGGACCUUCAGGAUCAGGGCAAUUUGCAAUAGGACCAAAAGGGGAAAGAGGACUUCCAGGGCCUCCAGGGAGAUGUCUCUGCAGAUCUCCACAGCAUCUGAAUAACCCAUCGUAUGAGGAACCUGUGUUUGGACACAGUUAUCCAAAAGUCCCUGCGAUUUUUGUGGUGAAUAAUCAAGAAGAAUUGGACCGGUUAAACACUGAAAAUGCCUUAGCUUUUAGAAGAGAUCAGAGAUCUUUGUAUUUCAAGGAUACCUUUGGAUGGCUCCCAAUCCAGCUCACCCCUUUCUAUCCCAUGGAUGACCGCGUUGAGGCAGGUGGUACCUGUGGAGAUGGGAUCAUACAGGAUGGGGAAGAGUGCGACGAUGGCAAUGCUGUUGUGACUGAUGACUGUAUAAGAUGCCGCCGUGCUUACUGUGGAGAUGGCUACAGGCACGAGGGAGUAGAAGACUGUGAUGGGAAGGAUUUUGGAUAUUUGACAUGUAAAACAUAUCUCCCUGGGUCUUAUGGAAAAUUGCGAUGCACUUCUUACUGUUACAUUGACUCUACACAGUGUCGAUUCUUCACAUGA